AUGACGGUUAAUCAUGAAACACAGCGCAGAUCUGCAUCAUGCAUCUGGUGCUCGAAAGUCUGCGGCUUCAUCCUCCUCCUCGUCUUCAUCACGGCGUCUUACAUGCUGUCCUGUGAGAGGAAGACUCUGCUCUACGAUCCAUAUCUGAUGGAGGAGGACCUGAGUGAAGACGCCCUCAGAGACGUGGUGCAGAGCAUCUCAGCUAAAGUGAAGUUCAGAGCCAGACGUGUUCCUGACGUCAGUGAGCUGAUCAUCCUCGAGGAACACAUGUUCUCUGUGGCUCCGCAGCGCUUUCUGCCGGACGUUAAGAACCCCUGCUGGUUCCAGGAGCUGCGUGGAGACGUGAGCGUGAAUCCAUACGGGUCAAACCUGUUUGGCCGCUCCUUCAGACACAUACAGCACAUCUUUGAGCAGCUGAGCAUCUCCUUCAGACAGCUGUUAACGCGGCAUGAUGGGAAACUGCAGCGGCUGCGCUGUCUGCCCUACUUCUACAUCAUCGGCCAGCCCAAGUGUGGCACGACGGACCUGUACGAGCGCCUGAGGCUUCACCCGGACGUCCGGCUCACACCGCCCAAAGAGCCGCACUGGUGGAGCAGGAAGAGGCUCGGAGUCCUUCAGUACGGUGGACGUCCUCACACACGUUUCCCGCUCGACCAUUAUCUGGACCUGUUUGACCCGGUGACCCUUCAUAUACAGCAAAGCCUUCUGGGAAACUCCAGCAGCAACAUCAUCACUGGUGAGGCCAGCGCUUCCACUAUGUGGGACAACAAUGCCUGGCUGUAUCUCCAUGGCAACAGCAGAGGGGCGGAGCCUCCGACACUUGUCCAGGACUUCAUUUACGCUCUGCAGCCGGACGCACGAUUCAUCGCCAUUCUCAGAGACCCCGUGGAGAGGCUGUAUUCAGAUUAUUUGUACUUCGGCACGACUAAUAAAUCAGCGCUGGACUUCCAUCAGAAGGUGUGUGAGUCUCUGUGGAUGUUCGAGGGCUGUCUGCGGGACGCUGGGCUCAGAGCGUGUGUGUACAACAACACACUGAACAACGCCAUGAGCGUGCGUCUGCAGGUGGGCCUGUAUGUGGUGUUUAUUCUGGACUGGCUGUCAGUGUUCAGCCGUGAUCAGCUCUUAGUUUUGCGUUUGGAGGAUCACGCUUUAAACCCGGAGCUCAGCAUGAGCAGGAUCUUCCGCUUCCUGCGCUUAGGAGCGCUGUCUGAUCAGAGACAGAGACAGAUCAGCAAGCGUCCCGCAUCAAACACCAGACGUGCGUCCGACAGAGACCUCGGGCCGAUGCGUGCGGUCACACGAGAUCUGCUCUCGCUGUUCUACUCUCCGUUCAAUCAGAGACUGGCCGAGGUUCUGCAGGACGAGUCCUUCACGUGGGACGGUCGCUCUGAACACGCCUGACCUGUGAGAGAGAAACACAGAGAGUCUUUUGUGUUUGAAUCACUGACACCUGCUGCUCAGAUCCGUCCAGAUUCAAGUUCCUGUCAUCAUUAUGA